CUCGACUCAAAAGCGGGAAGAGGUACAACUGUACGGAGAGAAUAACAUAAGCAUGCUUUCCAGUUCCAGGAACGGCCCGUCGCAGUCUUGUCUUGACUUCCACAACGUUAGACGUUUUUUUCCCCUCUGUGAUGGCGAGCAAGACUAACGUGGGUCCUAUAUCACCACUGUCCACAGCUUUGCUCACAAUUAAACACACACAGGACGCAUCACAUAUGGUUCAGCUCCUCACUUUUCCCGAGGAGCUAUUGUCCCAUAUCUGUGAUGAAACGGAAAUUGACUCCCUCAUUCCUCUAGCCAAAACUUGCCAGCUGUUCAAUCGAAUCGCAGGACGUCGCUAUCUGCGUCUCAAAGAAUAUGACGCUAAACGUUCUCACCUAACCAUUUUAGGGGCUCAAGGCUUACCGGACCAAUGGCGCGAGCCCGUGCCAGGCAACGCUCGUUCUUUCGAUGAAUUUUUCGACAUAUCGAGCGUUCUUGGUUCUCUUUUGAAUAUCACUUCUCUAUUUUGUGCAUUCUCACCAUCACCACAAGAAACCGUGCGACAAAUGGGUGUCUUGGUACAUACAUUGCAAGCGAUUUCACGAGAUCGCCAGGGCCAGCCACUGUUUUCUAUUCAUCUGAAAUUCACCAAGCCUUCGUCGCACGGAGAUCACAUUCUACAUUCUCUAGCAUCUCGUUUUGGGAAGGUAUUCCAAGAUCUAAUUGGUGAACUGCGACGCCUUCGAUGCUACUGUUUCCAAAUAGGAGGUGCAAUGCCCCUGAUGCGAAAACCAUACUACGGGUUUGACCUUCCGAAUGACCAUUCCUUGAAGACCUUCACUAUCUCCGAAAGCUUGGUUCUUCAGCCAUACCAUAACUGGCUCAUCAAACUCCUCCAUUCCUCCUCGAGCAUAAACUCCAUCAGUGCGUGCUGUUCACAAAACUGGACCCAAAUUCUGCCAAAACUCCGGCUCCCUUGACUCUUCCCUGCAGCAAAUUUCGUUCUAUGGAAAUCUUCCUUACCUCCAGCGGCGCAUGCUUAAAGGGAAAAUCCAAAAUGAUGCUCAGGCUUCCGACAUCCAAAUAUUGGUCGA